AAUUAUCUAUCGCGUGAUCUGCGACAGCCAAGAGGGAUUAGAGAGCCGCUCACUUAUGUUUGGUGAUACCAACGUCCAUCGACGUGCCAACGGAGGCAGGACCGUGCUUACCUUGAUCCGAGGUAGAACAUAAGGCUUACCGCUUGAUUUGUGUCGUUGUCAUUCUUUUGAGUGUCAGGCCAGAAUACAUGCGCUGGACGUAAGCGCCACAGACCUCAUUCGCUCUCAAUCGUCUCUCUGAACGAGGAAGCUAUACCCAGGGCCAUCUCGCCACAAUGACCACAGUCACCGGUCUCCUACUAGCUCUGUCCUGGACGGGAAGCUGUGUGUCCCAACAUCAACAUGGCCACUCGCACCUAGAGCCCAGGGCAGCGGCGACUGACUGUUCUCUGUAUCAGGUUUCCGGUCAAAGCGCCACCCCCUUUGAGAACUAUCGGUUCCUGGACUUUCGCAGCCUUUCCAACUACACCGCUUCCGAGCCAGCCGAGAUCACAACUCAGCAAGACUCUGGUGAAGAGGCGGUGACAUCACCGUAUUUCAAUUCAAGCACGUUCGAGGACGUGUUCCAGAUCCUUAGUGGCGUCAGAAAUCCAGAUUCAAACCCGCCGAUGAUAUACUCGGCCCAGAAUGCGUACAUUUCUGCCGCGGAAUCAGCAGAUGGCAGCGACACAUAUCUGACUGUCCGCACGUCACGAAACAAGGACUUCCAGAGCGUUGCUCAGAUGAGAAGCGUCGAAAGUGUCUUGCACGCAAGCAUGCGGAUCUGUAUGAAAGUGCUGGAAGAUAGCAACGACACUGUCGCCGCUGGUGCAGUGGUGGGCUUCUUCACCUACAAAUCCGAUACACAGGAGACAGACAUUGAAAUCUUGACCAAACGCUCUCAUCAUCAGUUCCAAGUCACCAAUCAGCCUUCGACCACAGAGCCUGCCGGGACCUCCAAUGUGUCUUUGGCCACGGGCAAGAACUGGACAGAUUGGGCUGAAUAUCGGGUGGACUGGUUGCAGGGCCAAACCAUCUGGUACAUUGAUGAUGUCUUGGGGUAUCAGACGACAAACAGCGUUCCGACUGAAGCCAGUGCUCUGAUGCUCAACCUCUGGAGUAACGGAGGGUCAUUUUCGGGGAACAUGAGUGUAGGUGCUCAAGUCCGAAUAGCAGUCCAGUACAUCGAGAUGGUAUAUAACACCACGGACGAUGCAACAAGUGGCGGAACAGCUACUCGGUGCAAUGUAGAUGGAGUCGAAACGAAAGGAGAGCCACAGGUCGUUCAGACCUCAGCGGCUGUUGUGACCACCUGUAUCGCGUCCUCCACUUUCUUCUUCGGGCUCGUCGUCCCCUUGCUGUAUGUGUUAAUAGACUUAUAGCGAGGAAAUGCAUGUCAACCAGUAGAGACCAUGUCUGUUGGCACCUUGCGGCGUCCUACGUCAAAGCCAGGGUACCGAGCCUGAUGCUCAUGCCAACUUGGAGUCAGUCGCUCUUACCAUAACAAUAGCGGCUGCGCGAUAUACCGCGUGUCUCGCUUCCGACUUCGAAUAGACAGCUUUCGGAGGUCGCUCUUCACAUGUCCCGCCCUCAUGAGCAGAUGGCAACGUCCUUGGU